AUGGGUGUCCAGGGUUUUCAAGAGUACAUUGAAAAGCACUUUCCCAGCGCUGUGGUGCCGGUGGACCUCCAGAAGCUUGCCCUCGGGAGUGUUGUUGUAGGCGGCCAGCAGAGACCACCUCACAGUCCGCUGAGACUGCUGGUGGACGCCGAGAACUGCCUCCACCGGCUCUACGGAGGCUUCUACACCGACUGGGUCAGCGGCGGCCAGUGGAACCACAUGCUGGGCUACCUGGCCGCCCUCUCCAAGGCCUGCUUCCACGGCAACAUUGAGCUCCUGGUGUGCUUCAAUGGCGCCCUGGAUAAAGGCCGCCUUCACGAGUGGGUCAAGCGGCAGGUGAACGAGAGGCAGACCGCCCAGCAGAUCAUCAGCCACGUCCAGAACAAGGGCACCCCGCCACCCAAAGUCUGGUUCCUUCCUCCCGUGUGCAUGGCCCACUGCAUCCGACUGGCGCUCCUCAGGUUCCGCGUCGGGGUUGUCCAGAGCAUGGAGGACCACCACCUGGAAGUGAUGGCCUUAUGCAGGGAGAGCGGCUUCCACGGCCUGGUGGCCUACGACUCGGACUAUGCCCUGUGCAACAUCCCGUGCUACUUUAGCGCCCACGCCCUCAAGCUGAGCCGCAACGGCAAGAGCCUCACCACCAGCCGGUACCUGAUGCACGAGGUGGCCCGACAGCUCGAUCUCAACCCAAACCGCUUUGUCCUUUUCGCAUCGCUCCUAGGAAAUCACAUACUGCCUGAUGAAGACUUGGCUGCCUUUCACUGGAGCUUACUUGGUCCAGAGCAUCCAUUAGCAUCUUUGAAGGUGCGUGCCCACCAGCUGGUGCUCCCACCCUGCGAUGUUGUAAUCAAGGCUGUGGCCGACUACGUCCGCAACAUUCCGGACAUCGCCGACCUGGAGGCCGUUGCUAAGGAAAUCUUCAAGCAUUCCCAGUCGUGCACCGAUGACAAAGUUCUCCGCUUCAACAAGGCAGUGGAGUACUACUCGGUGGCCAGCAGCCCCCCCCACCCCCCUCCACAGCUAGUCAGACCUAAACCAAUGGGAGUCUCCGCUGCAGGGCCGCUUCCAAAAAUGCCCCCCAUUCCACACGUGCCUCUGCCCGUGAAACCCGGGGUCCAGCACCCGGACCCCGUGGUGGAGCGCGGCCUGGCUUCGGACCCUGUGGAGGAGGGCCCCCCGCGGCAGAACGGCUUCGGCGACAUUCCUCCCGAAGGGAAGCACACGCCGCUGUAUGAGAGGUCGUCUCCCAUCAACCCCCACGACCACGCCGCUCUCUUCAACGCCUCCUCGUUCUCCGAGGAGGACGAGGAGAGCUCGGGCACAAAUACCAAUCAUGUUAGUGCCCAUAGGGGAGGAUGGGAGAGAAACGGACCAGAGGGAGACCCGGGGGACCUGACUGACGCCGACCUCUGCGUGACCCCCGCUGCGGAUCUCCGCGGCCUGAGAGCCCAGAUCCCCUCGCUGCUCUCCAUGCCCACCAGGAACCACAUGGACGUCACCAUCCCGGCCCUCCCCGCCGUGGCCCCCGAGGUCCUGCGGGUGGCCGAGCACAGACACCAGAAGGGCCUCAUGUACCCCUACAUCUACCACGCUCUGACCAAGGGAGAGAUCAAGCUGUCUGUCACCAUCGAAGAUGAAGCCAACAAAGACCUGCCUUCAGCGGUGCAGCUGUUUCGGCCCAUCCGCCAGUAUGUUUACGGGGUGCUCUUCAGCCUGGCCGAGGCCAGGAAGAAGGCCGAGAGGCUCGCCAUGAGGAACCACUGCCCCCCCGAAUAUCCACAUGUCAUGGUCAAAGAGUGGGCCGCCUACAAAGGCAAGUCUCCCCACACUCCAGAGCUGGUGGAGGCGCUGCCCUUCAGGGAGUGGACCUGUCCCAACCUCAAGAAGCUGUGGUUGGGGAAGGCUGUGGAGGACAAGAACCGCAGGAUGAGAGCCUUCCUGGCCUGCAUGCGCUCCGACACGUCGGCCAUGCUGAACCCCGCCAGCGUCCCCACGCCCCUCUUGGUGCUCUGCUGUGUGCUGCGGUUUAUGUUACAUUGGCCAGGAGUAAGAAUUUUGCGUCGUAACGAACUUGAUGCUUUCCUAGCCCAAGCACUUUCUCCUAAACUUUAUGAGCCUGACCAGCUGCAGGACCUGAAGAUCGACAACCUGGACCCUCGAGGAGUGCAGCUGGCCGCUCUGUUCAUGAGCGGAGUGGACAUGGCCCUGUUCGCCAACGACGCGUGCGGACAGCCUAUUAUUUGGGAGCACUGCUGUCCCUGGAUGUACUUUGACGGCAAGCUGCUGCAGAGUAAACUUAUCAGGGCCAACUGGGAGAAGGCCCAGCUCAUUGACCUCUGUGAUGGUCAGGUUAUGCUGGCUGCCAAGGUGGAGAAGAUGCGUCGGAGCAUCCUGGAAGGUCUCAACUUCACUCGGCCACCUCAUCCUCCUCCGUUCCCCCCACCACCACCUCCAUCUCACGGGAUGCCUUUCUACCCCCCCGUGGGCUUCUUCUACCCGCCGCCCCCUCAGGGGAGAGGCAGAGUGGUGCCUGGACUCGAAGGACUCGAAGAAAUGUCAUUGCAGGGUGGGAAGCUGGAGAUAGCCGGCACUGUGGUGGGCCAGUGGGCUGGAAGUCAACGCCCCCGAGGAAGAGGAGGCUUCCCCGUGCAGGUGGUGUCUGUCGGUGGACCAAACAGAGGUCGUCCCAGAGGAGUGAUUUCCACACCCGUCAUCAGGACGUUCGGUCGGGGAGGCAGGUACCACGCUCGGGUCUUCAGGAGUCAGAUGGCUUACCUGGAGGACCAUGUGCAUGGAGUCACAAAUAAGCCUGGCGGAGAUGGUAAGUGCAUUAAUUAAUAAGCACUUUUACAUAACUUUGAAUCAAGGAAAUCAAUUAUUACGCUUUUAAACGCAACAUUCAAUAUUCAACAAACCAGGAAAUGCAAUAGAUGAGCUGAUUUAAAGUUGUUUAGAUUGAUUUUUAACUACACAAAUCAUCAGCCCAGCACGGCCUCCUCAUAUUUCAUUCGACAGCACGGAAUGUGUUGUCAUUCUAUGCUUGUGCCCUGUGGAACAUCAUGGAAUAGACAGGAGUUAAUAGUGCAGCAUUGUUGGCUUCCUUAGCGCCUGUUAGUGACCUUAGAACACAUCUUUUUCCUUGAUAUCACUACUUGGCUCUGUUCAGUUCUCCCAAAUAUCACUUGAGCAUUGUGGCUCUUUCUAUAACGGCCCUGUCUAGUCUGAACAAAGCCAUCACACACAUGGAUGUGCAACCACCGCAGUCUGAAAAACACGAAGCAGCAAUAAGACAAUUGAAGACAUCUGACGUUCUAAAUGAAUAACCUCACUCUGCAAAUAUGGAAUCCAUAGACGCUGUUGAUGUUCAUGUGUGAAAGGCUCACGUAAGUGUCUGAAAUCUUUAGGAAUUAUCAUCAAUGUCCAUUUCUAAUGUCCAAGCAGUCUCACCAAAAGUUGUGCUCCGGACCAAAUUAGUUUGAAGGGCAGACUUGUUCAGGCCCUGCUGGACUGGAGGGUGCUUAGUGACCCUCAACAACAAGUCACUUUAAAGGAAUACUUCACCUACAGAAUGACCAGUUAUCAAUCACUCGCCCCGUGUUACCUUGAAUUUGUGGAGAAAACUUCUCGCAUUUCAAACACUUCUGCAUAAACAGUCUCCCAAGUGUUUUAAAUAGUAAUGUUUUAGUGAAGUUGUGCAUGUUUGGGAAGCAGAGAGCAUACGGCUGGAUAAAUGACUUGGAUUAUACCGCAUAAGUUGCGUGAGAGUUUAUAAACGUGUGUAGUAGGGGUGUAACGGUUCACAGAAUUCUCAGUAUGGUUCAUUACGAUACAGUGGUGCCACGGUUGGGUACGGUUCAAUACAGCAAAAAAGCAGAAAUGCCAUCAUAAAGUAUGUUCUUUCUUUACUUUGAAUAAUGGGGGAUGAAUUUGUGUACAGGAAGCUGCAAGCAACUCCUGUUUUGUCUUUAACACGUGGGCUGCUGUUGUGCUUUAGUGAAAGAAGGUCACACUCUCUCUGAUCUCUGGAGGAGGGAGGAGGCCGGAGAUCUGCUGCACUGUUGCUGCUUUCUGAGAUGCUGGAUUAAGACAUCGGCCUAUUUGUGUCGUUACAGUCGGCUAGCUUUGUGUAGUCCAUGACGUCCGGCCGUCUGUUGGCAGAGCAACAGCGAGAGCUCGAACAUUUGAUUUUCUGUUUGGGAUUUUGUUUUAUUUUACAAAGCAGGAAUUAUGAUCUGGAGAAAUAGGCUGGUGAAUGAGUCGUGUCACAGGGCUCAAUAGCAUGAAGCAUGUUCGUACAGCCUGGUUUCCGACUACAGAGCAGCGUCUCAUAUCCGCCAUACCUUUAGCCCGGUUUGAAUCGGUAGGGAGGAGCUACCUAAACGCUGCGGGGAGAGUUUGUAGCGUGUGUGCUGCUGUUGGUUUUCCUGCUAAGCUAGCUUAGCAUAGUGUGUAGAAUUGUUGUUCUUGCGUGGUGGGCGUGUCAGACAGCAUGUUGUCUGUUACGUUGGGUUGGUUGCCAGGUUGAGCGCAGUGGCUCCAC